UCCUAUGCGGAGAGCUUCCACGAGUUCUUAGAACGUUUGAAUUCAACUCUUCCUCUUCUUUGAAACCAGGGCAUUUUCUUUUGACUCGAAAAGCGGUUCUGUGAUACUUUUGUUCUCUGACUUUCCAAGUUGAACCAAUUCGCAGACCGUCUCUUGUGACUGUCCAGCUCUCCAUCCUCCUCUCAAUCACUCAACUUUCUCUCCACUGUGUGCCGCGCACUGAGCGCUGCGCUCAUCUGUCUGACCCGGACCGACUGUCAUUUGACCAGUUGUCUGCCCCGUAAAGAAUUGCCUGUCAUCCAUCUGCGCUCAAAAAACUGAUAUUUCUAAUUCUAGGUAGCAACACACAAGGUCAACGAUGGCUCUGAACGUGACGGGUCUGGCCGUCAUGGCGGUGUUCUAUGUGCUGAUUUUGGCCACAGGCAUCUGGGCAUCCAUGCGCUCCAAAAAAGAAGAAAAAAAGUGCACAGGAGAUGGCAUGGAGAUCACACUACUGGCCGGGCGCAACAUCAACCUGCUGGUCGGGAUCUUCACACUCACUGCUACAUGGGUGGGUGGAGGCUUCAUCCUGGGUAUAGCUGAAGCAGUGUACAACCCAACGUUAGGUCUGGUCUGGGCCCUCAUGCCCGUGCCCUAUGUGCUGACCUUCUUCCUAGGUGGUUUUUUCUUUGCCAAGCCUAUGAGGGAAAACAAGUAUGUGACAAUGAUGGACCCCUUCCAGCUCAAGUACGGGAAUGUCCUGAGCAGCGCGCUGAUUUUCCCCGCGCUGGUAGCUGAUGUCCUGUGGGUUGCACGCACGCUAGUCAGCCUGGGUGGGACUAUGAGUGUGAUCCUGGACCUGUCCUACGUGUACUCCAUCAUCAUCUCCUCAGUGGUGGCCAUAGUUUACACACUGCUGGGGGGGCUCUACUCUGUGGCCUACACUGAUGUCAUUCAGCUCAUCCUCAUCUUCGCCAGCCUGUGGGUGUGCGUUCCAUUUAUGAUAACCAACCCUAACUCUCUGGACAUCUCACUGACGGCCUUCAACCAGACUUUCCAGGCCCCCUGGGUCGGCAAACUGGAGCCCCGUGAUGUUGGAAAAUGGAUUGAUGACUUUUUGGUGUUGGGUUUGGGUGGUCUGGCCUACCAGGCUUUCUACCAAAGGAUCCUGUCCGCCUCGUCUUGCACCCAGGCCCAGGUCACCUGCUUCGCAUCCUCAGCCUUCUGCCUGGUCCUGGGUAUUCCCUCUGUACUGAUUGGAGCUGUGGCGGCAUCUACAGACUGGAACAGGACCAGCUAUGGUAGCCCAACUCCUUAUGAGCGUGGCCAGGCAGGCUCCAUCCUCCCCAUUGCCCUGCAGUACCUCACCCCCGCCUACAUCUCUGUUAUUGGUAUCGGGGCCGUGGCCGCUGCGGUCAUGUCCUCCAUGGAUUCGGCCUUGCUCUCCUCCGCUUCAUUGUUUUCCUCCAACAUCUACAAGAACAUCAUCAGGAAACAGGCAUCGGAUCGUGAGAUGCAGUGGGUCAUCCGUAUCUCAGUGGUGGUGGUUGGCCUGGCGGGCACUGCCCUCACUUUCCUUGACAGCAGUGUUCUGGUCUUCUGGCUGGUUGGUGUUGACAUGUCCUACACCAUCAUGUUCCCUCAGCUGGUCUGCGUCCUCUUCUUUAAGGUGUCCAACGGCUAUGGGGCCACGGUGGGCUACAUCUUGGGCCUUGUUCUGAGGAUCCUCAGUGGUGAGCCACUCAUUGGCCUGCCUCCCGCCAUCCAGUUCCCCGGCCUCAGAACAGACCCAGAGGGCAAACUCACCCAGUAUUUCCCCUUCCGCACCACCAUCAUGCUCAUCUCGCUAGUGUCCAUCCUGCUGUUCUCCUGGCUGGCCUCCAUCGUGUUCAACAAGGGUCUGUUGUCUGAGAAGUGGGAUGUGUUCAAGAUUAACCGCAAACAAGCCAAAGCGGCGGCGGCGGCAGCAGCCAGAGCCAUGGAGAACAAGAAGGUCCACCCUGAUAACAAGAACCCAGCAGUGUCCAAGCAGCUACUGGACACCACCAGCUGCUAAGGAGGCCCAGAAGCAGACAUUUCUUCUUUAUCUGCCGAGCAGGAAUUCGCCAAGAGGAAAUGGGUGUUUGUUUGAGGGUUGGAAAAACAGCAUGCACCAAAGCAAUAGACUCCAUCAUGAUGAAUUGUUUUUUCAGUGGAACAGACAUGCUGUAAAACACUAUAGAUUACCAAGCAAAAUAGUGUUUGUGGAUUUUAUUAGAUUUUUUUUUUCUUUUAACGUUUGAAGGUCAAAUGGCUUGCUUAACCAUACUAUCUCAGACAACGGAAUGCAGUAAGCCAUGCCCUUCAUCUGUUUGUGAAUUAACAUUACACACCUCUACCCAGUAUAUGGUCCACGAUAAGACAGGUUCCAUGACAUUCUGCCGAACUUCUGAGUGUGCUGUAAUGCCUUUUUUUUUUUUAAGUUAAACUCUCUCACUGUGAAUCUCUACAAACAAUCUGCAAACACAUUCAGCAUAACAGGGUUAUGCCUGUAACAGCGAUGUUAUUCAACAACGCUAUUUUUGUGGCUUGGUUAUUUUUCGCACAAGAAACAAGCCAACCAAAAGGAGAAAAAAAAGCCUAACGCGAAGAACAAGAUGAAAAUCGAAUCAAGGGCGCAAGCAAUAAAAACAGCGGCCGCCAACACUUGGACUGAAGUCAGACAAACACAAUUUCAAGCUUUAUAACUACUAAUUAUCUUUUUUUUUUCUUUUUUUUACUAUUUAAUAUUCCCUGCUUUAUUGUGAACAACAGCAGUGAGAGCCAGAGCUGCAACCUCUGCCAGGCCCUUGGUCUCCACCGCCCUGUCAUUACUACAGGGAGUAACUCUCAGCCCCUACAGUCUGUGUGUUGAGUUGCAGAGCUGAAAGCUGGCAUUUGUUUGCCUGGAAUAUAAAAUGAAUUGAUCUAAUAAUUUCUACAACUGUACGGAGAGAAGGAGCGCUAGAUAUCUGCCCUUUUCCCUCCUCCUCCCUUUCCCUUUCUUCUCCAGCAGACUGGAAAGGCUCGAUAAAUUAGCGUCUUUCACAGGUGUAAAUGGUUUUGUACAGUAUAGUUGUUUUCUAUGGUUAUAUAUAUAUAGAUAUAUAUGCAAAGCUCUAGUUUACAAGGGGCUCCCCCCCCUCCCGAGCCUUGAGGUUAUUUAUGUUGUCGCACUGAGCCUUACUCAUGGUUUGGUGUACAGAGAAGACUUCUGGUCAUGAAUGACAGUCGGAGAAGGGUUUCCUCUACCAUGUUUCCUUUUAUUUCAUUGGAAAUAGGCAUUUUCACUCAAAAUGUCGACAGUUAUCGCCAGAUGACAUCAACUCAGUGCGUAAUUGAGUUCUAUGUUUCAAAUACCUCAAGAGUGCUAAUGUUGGCUUUAGAAAUAUAUCAGUUCAACCUGUUUUAACUUCCAUCCAAAGGAUGUGAAUGGCAAAAGUCAUUUUCAGAGACUUAACUGCACAGAACAAACAGCUUCAAACAAGAGGACCCCUGCAAAAAUCAAGGCACGCAUCUUUUUAUAUGAGUGUGACUAUUUGAUUUGUACCUGUAUUAUACUCUUGUACUGUACAGCCUUAUCGUAUAUGAAGUGUAUAAUUACGACACACUUUUAUCAAAGGUCACCAUUAUGCAAUAUGUAGCCAAAAUGUUUCAGAAGAAAAAAACAAAGAUUGUGUAUGUUUGUGUCAAGUUUUAUGGCCUUUACAAACACUGAAUGUAAAAUGAAUUCACCUUUAUCCAUAUUCAUAACAUUAGGCACCAAUUUAUUUUCAUCAGUACAUAAUGACAAAUUGAUGUCUUGGAUGCGGAUAAAUGCAAUAUUGGAAUGUACAAUAGUCCGGUCCAAGAUAGAGGUUUUUUUUUUUUUUUUUUCGCAUUUGUCCCCUUACCAAGUGACAAUGUGGUAAAUGCUAGCAAUAUUUUUCAAAUGGAGAAUAUAGUCAUUUGCACACUAUUUAGCUGGUGUUACAUUUCCAUUGUGGGUUACAUCACUUUGGAUAAGUGACUGCUCAGUGAGAAAGUAAAAUGUAUCCCAGCCAAAAAGAUUUUCUUGUUUUAGCUAUUGAAUGUCAAUCCGUUGUGAAACUCACCUGACAGUUCCAGAAAAAUUCACUUCAAUGGAGUUUGACUGUGUCAGGGGAGCUUGAGCCGAGAGAUUCUCUAUUGUGUAAAGGUGUCUGAACUUCAAAAUGUUGUGAUAUUCCCUUUAAAAUUAACAAGGCAAUGGAUUCUAUGACCCCCGCCCCCCACAAUGUUUUUGGAUUUUAUAUUAUUGCAUGUCAACUUUUAGUGUCGUUCGUAUACCGAGCUUUAGUAAAGGCUGUUCUCUCUUGCCACUUGGCAAGGUCCUACUUUGUAAUCAAUUAUGUAAAUCCCCAUGGGGUGAUGUUCUGUCAGAAUAAAAGGUUGGAGAAAAAAAAAA